AUGGUGCGUAAGGCGAUACGUUCGCCAUUAGUGGCGAACGGCGCUGACUCCGUCAUGCCUUCAGAAGUUUUUGAAUGGACGACUAAAGACGUGGCCAUUUGGUUGCAAAACGCUGGAUUUCAACAGUACGCUGAUCUCUUCGCCGUCCAGCAUAAAGUGAGAUCAUCAAAUUUACUUUUCGAGAUUUGCCGAUUUUUUAAAUUUACUGUUUGUGGAGAUUUUAAAAUAACUGUAUUUUCUAUACCGCAGUCAUACAUGACUGAUUUUUAAUU